GCCCCCCAUCCCAUGGCGAGGAGCCCCAUCCCGGAGCGGCUCGUGGAGCGGCUCCUUCUGCCGGGAGCCGCCGAGGCGACGGCGGCGGCCUCGGCCGGGCAGCGCGAGCGCACGGAUCAUGACAAGGAAUAUGUUGGCUUUGCCACACUCCCCAACCAAGUCCACCGCAAGUCCGUGAAGAAAGGCUUCGAGUUCACGCUGAUGGUGGCCGGCGAGUCGGGCUUGGGGAAGUCGACCCUCAUCAACAGCCUCUUCCUCACCGACCUCUACCACGAGCGCGUGCUGCUGCCCGCUGACGAGCGGAUCUCGCGCACGGUGGAGAUCUUGCGGCGCACCCUGGAGAUCGAGGAGAAGGGCGUGCGACUGCGCCUCUCCCUGGUCGACACCCCCGGGUUUGCCGACGCCAUCGACAACACGGAGUGUUGGCAGCCGGUGGUGGAAUACGUGGAGGAGCAGUUCGAGUCGUACUUCCGUGAGGAGAGCGGCCUCGACCGCAAGAGCCUGCAGGACACGCGCGUCCACUGCUGCCUCUACUUUAUCUCGCCCUACGGGCACGGGCUGAAGCCGCUGGACGUGGAGUUCAUGAAGGCGCUGCACAACAAGGUGAACAUCGUCCCCGUCAUCGCCAAGGCCGACACGCUCACCAUGCGGGAGAGGGAGACGCUCAAACGCAGGGUGCAAGAGGAGCUGAGUGAAAACGACAUCAAGAUCUACCAGUUCCCGGAGUGCGACUCGGACGAGGACGAAGAGUUCAAGAGGCAGGACGAGGAGCUGAAGGCCAGCAUCCCAUUCGCAGUGAUUGGUGGCAGCGCGGUUGUGGAGGCUUCAGGGCGCCGGGUGCGCGGCCGCCUCUACCCAUGGGGAAUCGCCGAGGUGGACAGCAGCGAGCACUGCGACCUGGCGAAGCUGCGCACGAUGCUGAUCCGCACGCACAUGCAGGACCUGAAGGACGUGACGCGUGACCUGCACUACGAGGAGCACCGCGCGCGCUGCAUCCAGCACAUGACGCGCGUGGCCACGCGCACGCGCAGCAAGCUGUCCCGCGAGAGCGUCGUGGACUUCCCCACGCCCAUCGUGUCGGGCCUAGCGGGCCGGGCGGACGCGCUCAUCCGGGCCAAGGAGCAGGAGCUCGCCCGCAUGCAGGAGAUGCUGGCUCACAUGCAGAACAAGGUUCAGGCCCAGUCGACUCAGUCAUCAACAUAAUCCAGCUGUGUCAGGCGAGGUCCACGAUCAUUCCGUCCCGUUGCAUCAAAACACCCCGAGGAUUCUCCCCUGCGCUUGUCCAACCGAGUUGCUUGCAACUGCUCACUCAAGCGUGGACCAGGAUCGAGUGGAGCCCAAAUCUUCAUCUUCCCAAACACCUCCAAAGCCACGGUCGCUGAAAACCAAAACGUGAUCGCAAACUCCGUGAACCCCACCGUAUUUAUUUACCAGUUUUCUCCCAAUGCCGAAGAGAUCCAAUCGCAAAUUUCACGCAACUGAUUUUCAUCACGGUCCCAACGAUCUUCAAGUUGUCCAUGUUUGCAGGAAAGCAACAACACAUCCCCAAUUGUCACCCUCCAAUCUCAAACCAGUGGGAUACUACAAAGUCAAAAGUUCAAGUUUAUUGUCUUUAACAAGAAUAACUCGAGAGGCCAGGAUGGAGGAGUCUCGUUUGCAAGCGUGAUGACCUGGGCCACCACAACGACAAACGCCAUCGAGUCAAAUGAAGCAAAGAAGCACAGCCAGGAAGAGGGGCCAUUGCCCAAAAUGUUGCCCAUUAUACUUUUUCAUUGCCAGGCCACGGUGUUAUUGACGAACGUGUUGAGGUUUUUUUGUAUUUUUGCACCACUGCCAACGCAGCAGCAUCACCAAAUAAUGUCUCUUUCAUAGACGAAUUCAGUUGGGUUUGGGUUAAACGUUCAUUGUCCUGGGCCACCGGCCUUCACAUCUUGCACUCAGCCUGCGCGAACAUCCGCACGGUCAUCUCAUAACGGGGGUGUCACUGUGCAAGUGUGUCAGAAUGAACGAUUGUCGCGGUGUUCUGCAAGUUGAUUGUGUAACCAGAGUGAGAACUCGAGACCAAGUUUACUUUGAAGGCGUCGGGGGGGGGGGGGGGGGGGGGCCCACACGGCGUGAUUUUCCCCGCGCCCCUCCCGAUGGACGGCCCUGCCUGCCCGCCCGCCCCCAAAGUGCGUCACCACAGAUGUGUCCCGUUGCUUCCCAGAACUCGGAUACCACAAGUCCGGUCACGUUUGUGUAUCCAGGAGAGGACUCACGAAACCAGGGCAUGAUCUCAAUUUGCCAAUUUCGAAAACUGAGGCCAGAAGUGACUAAUUUGGGAGUCGUUGCUCCCUACUGACAGACUUUAUCCUGGUCGCUUAAGUUCUCACAUGCUUUAACAACAAUCAACUUGAAGCUUUAAAAAAACAGUCUUCUCUCAAUGAAUCACCGAGUGUGCUGAUGACCGCUAGCAUCGCUUGUUCCCCAUGCACAGACAGCCGAGCCAAUCGUCAUCAAGAACUCGCAACACCAACAGCAGCAGCCAGCCAGUCUGGAAUACAGGCAACACACUUCGAGGAGUCGAUGAGUGAAGUUCAUGGUUCCUGCCAGAGGAAUGUGGAAUUUCCCCACCAAGGUUUCUGGGGCACGGAACGUAUAACGGAGAUGGGCGCUGCGUGACACACGUCACGAGUGGCGACACGUGCCGAAACAUCUUAAAUAGAGAAUUCCGAGCUUUAAUAGUGCGCUAUAUUCAACCUUUUCUAGAGUCCCCACACCUCCCUUGAAUUCACGUUGCAUUUACAAACCGCAGCGCUGCUUCAGCCACUCGUGCAGUGGAGCUUACGUCCGGCCCUAGUCCGUGCGAAAUCAUCAAAUAGUCCCACCUUGGUGGUCAAGUGCAACUCGCAUAUAUCCGACUCGCAGGAGACCGAGGUUUGGACGGCUUUAUAUACAGGCUGAAAAAUCCAGAUAUGUGAACAUCUGUGGCUAUGCUACCACACAGCACAAACUGCUUUAAACACGAGACGGUGCUUUCCUGUUAGAAGCAAGCGACUAUAAUAACCAUGACACUGCCACUUGCUGUCCGUUUCAAUUGCAUAGGACGUUAAAGAUCUGGCAACAUCAUUCGCAAAAGAGUGGGCCCGUCGCAUGCCAGCGUCGGGGUCCAAAGUGUGGGUACUCCCCCCGACACACCGGCAACCAUCUGGAUUUGCAAGUCUGGAACGUGACUCCCAAACGUUCACGACUUUUUAAACGUCCCUUCUGUUCGUGCGCGCUCCCCCGUGGCGCUCCCCCGUGGGCUCCCCCGUGGGCUCCCCUGUGGCACUCCCCUGUGGCGCUCCCCUGUGGUGCUCCCCCGUGGGCUCCCCCGUGGGCUCCCCCAUGGCGCUCCCCCGUGGCGCUCCCCUGUGGCGCUCGUGGGCUCCCUGCGCCGAUGUUCCCGGUCGUAUUUUACCACAAAACAAAUUCCAGCUGCUCCCCGGUCCCUGUCCGCCCCAGGCAUCGCCGCACCUCGUCAGCGAUGAGGUCGUUUGGGUGGCCACCUUGGGAGCCUGCACAGGUCCCGUUUUGGCCUUUGACCGUCACCACCCCCACCACAAUAAAGGUUUUUACGGCAGGUCGCAUAAAUGUCGUUAACCCACCACCACCCGACACGGCCAAUUAGUAAGGUUUGUCACGUAAUCAAAACGUGUCAAUUAGUUACUACUUCAGCACUACCACCACCAAGACAAAGAUCCCCCGUAUAGCCUUAAUAGACUUGGGGCAAGUGCUGUUAGCGAGCGCCUAUGAAGAUGCACGAGGGGGUGGGUGGUCAACACCAUGCCAGGCCGCCUUUGUUUCCCCAGUGGCGAUGUUUACACGCUGCACCAGGUUAUACAGUUGAGGCCGAGUCGAUCUAGGGAAGGCCCAGUAUCGGUUCAGAUAAUCGUCACCGGUGUUGGUACUUGAGUGGGAAUCUCGGGUCGCUGCGUUCAUAGAGCAGCAUGGUAAACGUUCCACCAGUGAUCCACCAGCGAUCCACCACCGCUCUGAAGAAGGCCCAUUGCCUGAAAGGUCACCUAUUAUAGUUUUCUGUUAAGGCCACACAGUGUUGUUAUUGACCAAUGUGUUGGGAGUUGUAUUUUGUUGCUUGUGCACCGCUGCCAACGCAGCAGCAGCAGCAGCCGUCACAUCACCAGGUAUAAUUUGUGGAAUCUUGAGAUGUAGUUGUAUUGCGAUCCCGCGCACGUGCGCCGUGCUAAAAGGCGGCAGAGGAUUUAGGUUUUUGAAGACGUCACGAAUCCAGCACUCCGAGGGCUCCCACGGAGAUGCUCACGGACUGGCCUGUGGCCUGCGGUUGAGCAGACAAGCAGAGGGGGUGAGGGAAGGAUUCACAAUGAAACGGUUCGUUUCAAUAUGCAGUGUCUGUUAGUUAUUAUAAUAAGUCUCGCAAUUAGAAAUCGGAUAUUGUACUGCUCUAAUGUAAGCUGCAUUGCGUUGAAUACCCGGUAAGUAAGGGCAAAUAGAUCCCUCUGAUAAUAAAUGUUUAUGCUCAUGACACAGAA